AUUCAGUAAACAGAGACAGAAAACCAAGGGGGAGAAACCCAAUUACCCAAUGGAGGAAAAUUUGUAUUGUUAACUAUAAAUAAGCAAAAAAUUAGACUUUUUUUCAUCUGUCUGUCUUGAGAGAGAGUUGAAUAGCAUAGAGUGGGUGAGUGAGUAGGGAGUAUUCUUCUGUGUGUUUGCAGCGAUAAAGGAAGCACCUUGGGCUGGACAUUCUGAUGGCAAGUCAGAUGGUUAAAGUUCCCUUGUGGGAAACCAUAUUUCAUUCUUAUUCUGCUUCAUUUUCUUUGUCUCCUCCAUGAGAGAGGUAGAGAGAUUCUCUGCCAACAACAAUGGCUGAACAAUCCUUGGCGAUAGCCCCCCUUGACAGAAAUGUUCAACAGGCAAUUUUGGCUAUAAAGAAAGGAGCUCAUCUUCUCAAGUGUGGAAGGAGACGGAAGCCCAAGUUCUGCCCUUUCAGACUUUCUACAGACGAGAAGUUCCUAAUAUGGUACUCUGGGAAAGAGGAGAAACAACUGAGAUUGAGCUCAGUUACAGAAAUUGUUAUUGGGCAGAAAACCGAGAAUUUCCGAAGACAACUUCAGCCAGAUAGGGAGAAUCAGUCAUUUUCACUUAUAUAUGCAAAUGGUGAACGGACACUUGAUCUGAUAUGCAAGGACAAAGUGGAGGCUGACUCUUGGUUGAUAGGAUUAGGGGCUGUGAUAACCUGGAAUCAUCGGUCCAGACCAUUUCAUGGCUUGAGAACCGGCAGAGGGGUUCGGAGUUGUGUCAAUAGUCCAGCUGGUUAUAUCCGAAGAAAACACAAUCUUGGACUUCUUGAGGAUGCUGCUGUAUAUCCUGAGGUACACAGCGUGUGUGGGAGUCCUACUCUGUCACUUUCAGACAGAUGUUUUUCAGAUGGAUUGUCCUCUUCCUUUGAUAGUUUUUAUUCAUCGGAGUCAAGUAUUCCCCAGAAGGAAAAUGCAAGGGAUAACUUAGUUCCGAAUUCGCCACGUGUCGAACUGGAUGGUUCAAAGAAGUGGAGAUUGAACUAUGCUGGACCUGAAUUUCAAAAGAAUGCGUCCCGUAGGUUUGCUGCACAAACUAAUGGUUGUCCACAGUUAGACAAGUCUAACAACUUGAAAGAUAUUAUGAUAUGGGGAGAAGGAGUUGGAGCAAAUAUUGGAGGAGUGGUCCAUGGUUAUGAAAGCCAAAGCGGGAUACAAGUUAAUGCUUUGGUGCCUAAAUUACUCGAAUCUACCACAAUGCUUGAUGUACAAAGUAUAUCACUAGGAGAGCAACAUGCUGCCUUAGUCACAACGCAGGGAGAAGUCUUUUGCUGGGGUAACGGAAGUGGGGGAAGGCUUGGCCAUAAGGUUAACUUGGAUGUGAGCCAUCCAAAAAUUGUUGAAUCCCUUGAUGGGGUCCAUGUGAAAUCUGUUGUCUGUAGCGAAUAUCAAACGUGUGCUUUAACAAAAUCAGGUGAAGUCUAUGCAUGGGGUGGCAAUGCAUACGGUGCUGAUUUAACAGGCCAGGAGAGAAUCAAAAGCCACUGGUUACCAGGUAAACUAUCUGGUCCAUUGGAAGGUGUAAACAUUUCAAAUGUUGCUUGUGGAGAGUGGCAUACUGCUAUGGUUUCCACGUCUGGCCAAUUAUUUACGUAUGGAGAUGGGACUUUUGGUGUUCUCGGCCAUGGAAAUGUUGAGUGUGUUUCUCUACCUAAAGAAGUGGAAUCUCUUAGGGAUUUACGAGUAAAAUCUGUUGCUUGUGGACCAUGGCAUACUGCUGUUAUUGUUGAAAUUAUGGCUGAUCGCUUUAAGCGUAGUGCUGAUGUGGGGAAAUUAUUUACAUGGGGUGAUGGGGAUAGAGGGAGGCUUGGGCAUUCAGAUUGUGGGCGGAAGCUUCUACCAACAUGUGUUGCCCAACUCGUAGAUUGUGGUUUUGUUCAAGUUUCAUGUGGAAGAAUGUUGACAGCUGCCCUUACUAAUACAGGCAAGGUUUAUACAAUGGGAAGUGCGGUCCAUGGGCAGUUAGGGAAUCCACUAGCAAAAGAUAAAUCUAUUGCUGUUGUUGAAGGAAAUCUUAAGCAUGAGUUUGUCAAGGAGAUCUCGUUGGGUUCAUAUCAUGUUGCUGUCUUGACAGCAGGUGGAAGAGUGUACACAUGGGGGAAGGGUUCACAUGGGCAGUUAGGACUGGGUGAUAUUGGAGAUAGAAACUCGCCGACUUUUGUUGAUGCUUUGGCAGACAGGCAGGUUGAAAGCAUAGCUUGUGGAUCAAAUUUAACUGCUGCAAUCUGUUUGCACAAAUCUGUCUCUGUCACUAAUCAGUCAAUUUGUAGUGGAUGUAGAAUGCCAUUUGGGCUUACAAGAAAGAAGCAUAAUUGCUAUAAUUGCGGUCUUCGUUUCUGUCAUGCAUGUAGUAGCAGGAAGAUUGUAAAUGCAUCAUUGGCUCCUAAUAAAAGCAAGCCUUCUCGAGUUUGUGAUCCAUGCUUCAAUCAUCUGCAGAGCACAAAGCACACUGGAACGUCAGGAAAGCUAGAAGAAAAUCAUGGUUCGAGACAUCUGUUGGCGACACCUAGGAUAUUAACUAACGACAAAGAUAACAAUGGAGACAAAACCCCACCAAGGGGGCAAGUAAGUUCAGUUGCGCGAUCUUUCAAUACUGAAGCCCAAGCUGAGUGGAGCACCUUGAAAAGUCAAGGGGUAAAGCAACAGCCUCUAGAAUCUCUUUCUUCUUCGUCCGAGGGAAUCCCACGGUGGGGACAAGUCCAGUGUCCUGUUCUUUUUGAAACAUAUAGUAGUAGAUGCUCCAUACCUCAGUCUUCACUUCCUGAAAGUAACUUACCUUCUGCCUGCCCAGCUGUUUCCAAUGCCAUGAAUGAACAGGAAAGUAUUUCUGAAUCAAACAAGAUGCUUGGCGAAGAAAUACAGAGGCUAAAAGCUCAGGCAAGGAGCCUUGAAAUUCAGUGUCAAAUUGGAAACCAGAAGCUCCAAGAAUGCCAACAAACUAUUGAGGAAACUUGGGCAGUGGCUAGGGAGGAAGCUGUUAAGCGCAAAGCGGCAAAUGAGGUUAUGAAAGCUCUGGUAGUGAGGCUUCGUACCAUGUCGGAGAAAGUCUCCUCUGAAAGAGAAGCAACAAAUGGAUUUGAUUCUGCAAAUUUGCACCCGAUUAAAACUGUAUGCACCAAUAGCUCUACGGAGACUCAAGGGCAUCCCUUGGGCGCUGCCACUCCUUCGCCUCCUCCUCAAGUUAAACUAUCUGAAGAUAGACAAUUGGAUAGUUUAUCUAGCUCUCCAAUCGUGUUCUCAAAUACCUUAAAAUCAGUUUAUGGGAGAGAACUUUUCAAAGAAAAUGUGAAAACAGUUGAGAAUUCACCUGCUCCGAGAAAAGAAUCACGACAAGGAGCUAAAGCAUCGGACCCUGAAUGGGUGGAGCAGUAUGAACCCGGUGUAUACAUUACAUUUACAAUGUUACCGAGUGGGCGAAAGGAGCUAAAGCGCGUAAGAUUUAGCCGGAAAAAAUUUGUGCAGAGUGCAGCGGAGCGUUGGUGGGAGGAGAAUCAAGCUAUAGUAUACCGGAAGUAUGGCAUUGAAGGAUACAGUAACUCAAACUAAGAUCAAAUGAAGAGCUAAGUUUUGCUUAUCCUUCGACAUUUCGACAAGUAUUCUGAACAUCCAUAGAUUUUCACAUAGAAAAUGGUCCUAAUUACUGGAAUGAAGUGAUGAUAUUAAUUUACUGGAACUAUUGCAUGAUUUCAUGCCCUUCUUGUUGGCUAAUCUUGCAAUGGCCCGCGACGAGACGGAUAAUCUUAGAUUUUAGUUAAGGGAAGCAAUUUAUUUUUUCUUCUUUUAGUUUUCAACUAUGUUGUAGCUGUUCAUAUUGAACUUGUUGUCCAUGGCUUCUCUGUACAUAGUUUUAUUAGUAAUAAAAUUUGGAUCUUCUUACUGAA